AUGGAAACAGAAGUCACAGUUGAGUUUGUGCCUGCUGCUUUGGUAUAUGGUUCAUUGUGGGAAGAUUGGCAACGUAUAUUCGCACAUACAAAGCCUAAUGGAUCUGUAGAUUAUAUGAUUUGUCUACCAGCGCAUGGAGCUGUUAUUGGAGCUUGGUUUGGCGCUUGGCCAAUGCCCCUUGAUUGGGAAAGGCCAUGGCAGGAAUGGCCGAUUUGUGUGAGUUAUGGAGCCAUGGUAGGGUAUCUGAUCGGAAUGGUGGCAUCUUUUGGCUUUGUACUCAUUCGUGGAAGACAACAGCAUCAAAAAAGAGACUAGCUGUCAAGUAAUUAUCAAUUAAUGGUCGAGUCAAGUAUGUGUUCUUGGAUUUUUCUCAGAAAUAGAGCUGCUUUUGUUUUUCACUGAAGUAUGAUUUGUUUUAGCGGC